CCUAAGUCCUUAUACUUUUCGAACAGACAGUAAUGGUACCUGAACUAUCUGAUUCACGUCUCAAGCUUUAGAGACUCGUAUCUUCCUCGUCCGACGUUGAAACUCGAUUCCGUCGAAACCGGGGUGCUACUGAGAUUUCCCCCUUCACGAUGAUACCAAGGUUUCGAUGCUUGGUGGAGAUUGACUACGCCGGGACCGCCAUCGAAGCUCUACCGUUCCAUAUGGAGAACGCUUUUGGUCGAUAACGACGUUGGCGUUGGCCUUCCGGGACGGAGUACUGGUUGGCGCUGCUACUGCUCGUUUGCUCUCGCAAGCAGGCUUGGUUGCACAAAGCUUCUCUUGCGGUGGAAUGGUGAUGACAACGACGGAGGAUCUUUAUUCCUUCUUUCUUUCUAUUUCCCUCUCCUUCGGUUCUCUUUGCCUACUGCAAUUUACGGUGGAGGAGGGUUUAAUGUAGUAACGGCUUGCUGGGGGGGGGGGGGGAAUACAUGCAGGUGGGGGGUUAAAGUAGGCGGUGGUGAUAAUAAUGAUUAUAGCUUGCCAUGGGAGAGAAAACGUGCAGUGAGUGAUGAGUGAUAAUUAAAUUUUUUUUUUAUGAUAAUAAUAAUAAUUAUUAUUAUUACUAUUAUCUCUAAUCUAAGGUCGAACCCUUCGUACGUAAUCGUCAAUCAAAAUGUUCGGUCGAACCUAGACUUCAAAUGUCGGGAUGUUACACAGAAGUUUGUUACUUUAGCGUUUUUCUUUUCUUUUCUUUUCCACCCUUGCUUUUCACUUGGGUGUUUUUGUUUUUGUUGGUGCAGAUCUUAAUCAUGGAUCCUCAUGGCUUCUCCAACAAUUGGGGGUAUCCACCACCACCCGAGUGGUAUUACCCCGAGACUCCCUGGAGCAAUCAAGGAGGAGAAGACUAUGGAUUCGGGUUCCAGUACCAACCCCCUUACUACGGAGAACAACCAGACCCCUGGGCAUAUCAAGAACAACCUCAUUAUCAAGAAGAAUUUCUCCCACAACCAGAAGGGCCAUCGGCGCUGGAGUUACACAUGGCGGCCUUCACGGGCCAUUCUGCAGAGCAAUGCUACACUCCACAGCCAGAUCCAAACUAUGAAUUGAGGCUUCUCAUGGAGUAGUUUGCUCGAGAUUGUGAGAGAUCAUGCUCCAGGAUGGAUCAUUGUGUCCAGGCCUAUCGUGAAACAGAGGAGAUCCUCCUGAGCCUUAAGAAGAGCGCCGAUAAUCUUGAGCGAUCUUUCGCACAACCUGCUCCAGAUCACCCUUCUGCUACCAUACAAGAAGAGGAGGAGGAAGAAGAAGGCUACAAGGACAUAGUGGAGCAUAAUGAAGUUGUCACAGAGAGCUCCCAUGAUGAUCAUGAUCAGGAAUGUCAUAUCAUAGCCGACCACACCUUCCCACAUCCCAAACUGAGCUUUGAAGAGGCGGGCAUGAGUGAGGAGAUGCAAGAAGAUAUCAUGAAAGAAAUUUCUUGGCAACUUGCUCUCCCAUCCUUGUUAGAAGAAGAAGAGCAAGAAAGGGUGCAGAAAGAAGUUGUGGAGGAUGACGAAAGUGAAGCAGGAGGAGUUCUUGAUCAUUUCCCAGGGGUGAUACCACAUGAACAAGGAAGGGAGGUUGAAGAAGCAAUUGGCGUCCAGGCUGAGGACGAAGUUGAGGUGGAAGAGGCUUGCACCGGCCAUGAGUUACAUUUGAUAUCUCCACCAAACUUCGAGGAACUACUUAGCAAGGAUCCAUUUGCAGUGUCUCUUUGCCAUACCAAGGUCACGUCGACAUCGGUCCCUUUUGGUGGACGCGAUGGUGGUCAAUCGAUACUGUCAUAUCUGGUUUGGGGCAAUGAGACGAGAGAAGAGAAGAAGAGGUCUCGAGGGUGGAGACUUCAUCCGCAUCAAGUGCACGAGCUUCCAUCACCUGUCAUACCACAUGCUCGUGACUUGAGACUCCACAUCAUUGACGAGAACCUCAACUUCAAGGAGGUUUUGGGGUGGAGCGAAACUUAGGAGCCAUCGUCCGGCUCACGACGUGAAAGAAGCGCUUGUUGGGAGGCAACCCAACCAGUCGGUUUGCAUUUCUUUCUCUUUUUCUCCUCGGUGUAGUCAGUUUUGUUAUUUGAUUUUAGAGUCAAUAACUCAACCUUUGUGAGAUUUUGUGUGGUGUUUGUGGUCUGACCACUCUUUCCUCCUGGAAUACACCGCCUGCCCCGUCCACCAUCAUUCACCCUGGAUCUGGUAACUUCGUUCUACCCUCCUUAUCUUUCCUCCAUUGAGGACAAUGUCGUGCUUAAGUGUGGGGGGAUGUUCGAUUAUGUAUGCGGGUGAAUGUUUGGCUGUUUGUGUGCUUGUAGACUAGUCCACUGUCUAAAUUUUUAAAUUUGAAGGCUCCAAGUACGUGUUUCCUUGCAAAUUGCCUGCUCAGUAUGCUUUGAAUUGACAGUCUCUAUAGUAAUGUGAAACCUAGGGAGGUAGUGUAGCACUAUGGAGGAUGUUGAAGUAUAUGAUUUUUCCUAUCUAGUUCUCUGCUGUGCCAGUUGAUUUUGUGAAUUAGUGGAGCUAAGACCGUUGAAUUCAUGUGGUAAUGGUGACUCUGUUUGGAUUGUGUUAUGGACUCGUGUAUCGAACAGGGUGCUCAUGUGAAAAAUGAAAAGCAUUUGGUCCUCCAUGUCAAAUUCAUAAAAUCUUAAACAUGGGGUAAGCCCAACGUGUGCGGCACCAUUCAUUGCACCAAAUCGGGUUUUGGAAGAGAUUUUAGUGAUCCUUAGUGGGGUACUCCUACAAGGUGAGGCUAAGCUGUCUCUAGUGCAAGUAAAACUUUCACCCGUUGAAUGGUUUGCCUACUUGAGGAUGUGUUUUUAAGGGCACGGAUAGAGCUUCCGACCCCCCUUAAUUUCAUUGACCCUCCACACGAGUUGAGGAAAAGGAGUUAAAAGAAGUACUCUGGCGAGCGCCAGAUGUACAGAAAUUGCUCUUGCUCGACUAAUAAGGGUCGACCGUGCAAAAGACUGCAGUUGGAACCCCUGCCAAGUGAAUGAAAAAGAAAAAAGUAAAAUGAAAGUGAAAAGGGGUUCCAACGGUGAAAUGAAGUGAAAGAGAACCCCGGUACAACGAGUCCUUGGUUGUGAAUGGUGUGAGUCCCUUUAUCCAUGAACUGACUGUCUUACUUCUACUUCUUCUCAUGAUCCUGGCUUGAGUCUAGUACUCGCAUUGAGAGAGAUAGGGAACGUCUUAGAAGACCAGUUGACCUCGUAAGCUGCUAUAUGAUCUAGGAAAUCCUCUACCAACGAUCGAGGUUGUAUGUUGAUAUAGAGGUCUUGAGUCUUUCAGGCCGCUGAUGACUCGAUAUUUGCACAUGUUUUCCCCUUUGUUUCUUGAUCAUUUGAGCUUUGAUAAUUGUGUCUCUGGCCUAGUUUACGCUAGGUUGUGUUCCUUUGUCACAUUUUAGGUCCUAGCACAUAAAGUGAAGCAUAGGUGCAAGUUUCAAGUCAAUCAGAGAUCAAUUGGCGAUUAGGGAGAAGAAACUCGGGCAUUACCUGAAGAAGAAUGGAUUUCUACCUCACUUUAUGGACAAAGAAUCAUUCAAGCUUGUCAUGAAACUAAAGAGGACGAGACUACGAGCGUGUGGGAUCAAACGGCGACUGAUUCGGAGUCCGGGCGAGGGAGAAACGAAGCAUUGAAUAUAGGGGAACAGGUUCG